AUGGGAAAAAGUAAAGCAAAAGCUAAAAAAGGUGCAAUUAUCACGACCAACGACGACGUAAGUGGUGAAGAAAAACUACCCGUUAGACGAAGAGGGCGACCCACAAAAGCCCAAAAAGAAGAAGCCGAAAAAAUCAUUGAAAAAACCGAAACUAAGCUUGAAGCUCAGUUAGACCAUGAUAACAAGAGAAAGAGACCAUCUUCAGAAAGCCUUGAAACGAUGGAAGAUGAGAAUGGUGCGCAUCCCAAAGCAAGCGAGCUCGGGUUAACAAAAGCUGUCGGGUUUAGACAUAAUGGAAGCAGGCGGAAAAACAAGCCACGAAGGGCGGCUGAAGUCGGGGUUAGUGUGUGUGAAGUCUGCACUUGGUUGGUGUUGAGAAGCUGA